AUGGCCUCGAAUGAACUGGAGUCGUUGUUUCUGUUCGCAUCAAAGUAUCCUCGGCUAUAUGAAAACCUAUACGAGCGUUACCAGGAACUCCUUGAAGGCGGUCACGAUCCAAAUGAAGAAUGGGGCGAUGGUCGUGGUCUGAUCCGCUCCUCGCCAUUGUUCAGCGCAAUCAUGGACGAGAACGUCCAAUUGACGGCCCUCUUAUUGAAUUUUGGCGCAGAUGCAACUCGGUAUAAUGGAAGAGGCCGGACGGCGCUUCACGAAGCCAUCUUCCGUGCUCAUAAGCCUAUUAUCGAGCUGCUCCUAGAGCGGGGGACGAGUCCAGAGACACCGUUGAAGUCCGAGUUUCUCCAAGGUGGCACUGCCCUCCAUCUUGCAGUGAGUGGAGGCCAGGUGGAUAUUGUCCAAAGUCUUUUAAGUCAUGAUUGCAACUCCCAAGCAAGGUGUGAAUCAGGUUGGACACCUGCGGACAUUGCCAUUCUGGAUCACCAUUCCGCAGUACUCGAGGUGUUGCUGAGCAAGAUAAACUUGGAAACUAUGUGUAGCCCAGGUAAUAACGAUCAAUGUUCUCUCAGCCUAGAUGCGAAGGCUGAUGGCAAUACAUCUUUCCUCGCGUCCCACCUCCUAGAGCAUGGAGUCAGAGGAUCGGACCGGGAACAUCAUGCCUUUUUUCGAUCAGGCCUAUCGCGUUCAUUAAAUCUACUAAACCCCAAUAUGGCCAUCUCUGACCUCUCAAAGACCCUUAUAGGUCACAUGGAAAGCUUUCUAAGGCUGGGAGCAGGUAUCAACGGCCUCAUUAAUUGGGCGAGAAACCUAUGCAAAGCGUGCAUCGAGUUUAACACCCGAAAUGGAGAAAUUCUCUUCACUGCAUUCGAUCAUAGUCGUGAUCUUCCCAGCUUGAAAGCAUCAUCUGAAAGUGGCUGUGACCUUUGUCAGUUACUCCUCGAGGCUUUAGACAACCAUUGGUGUUUAUUGCAUCAAAUUGACAAACACUGGAUCGAGGAGCUUGGAGUCAAACCCAAAGUACGACUGCUUCUCGAGAACAAAGAAGUGGUACCGAGAUUCGGAAGCCACCGAUUGAUUGUAGUAUGUGGCGAGAAGAUUUCAUUUAUGGAUCUCAACCAUGUUCAAAAACAAAUCAACGAAGCCGUCUCCCAGACUGCCCCCACAGACACCAUGACGACUGGGUCAGAGAGAAGCCUAGCCGUUGCAAAGGCGUGGAUGGAAAGAUGUGAAGCGAAGCAUGAGACAUGUCGACGACUCAAACUUGGCAAGCUCCCAUCACGGGUAAUAGAAAUUUCCAGUGACUUGCACCCUCCCAAAAUCCACAUCUCUGUGGGGGAACAAUUACCGUACGUGGCGUUAUCGUACUGCUGGGGAACAGAUCAGAAUAUCCGCCUCCUUUCAACCAAUGUUGAAACCUAUAUGGAGGGAAUUCCCAGUGAAGCAAUACCACGAACCAUCGCAGAUGCGCUCGAAAUUACGAAAGCGCUGGGUUUGAAGUAUCUCUGGGUCGAUUCACUGUGUAUCUUGCAAGAUUCUGAACAAGACCUGCAACAUGAGCUGUCCUAUAUGGGCGAAAUUUACGCCAAUGCAUGGCUCACUAUUGCCCCAAAGAAUUCCUCGAGCUGCAAUGAUGGUUGUUUCCGGAAACGGGGUUGGAAAACGAGCGCAAUAGUUCCAUUAGACAUCAGAUUACCGCCACCCACCGAACAGAGGACUUCCCAAACACAUCUCCAAGUGGAGAACAAGCGCACCUCUUGUGUCAAUAGACUCAUGGUACUACCGCGACACCGGAUGGAAGAGAACGGCAAGAAGUCGGUUCUUAGAACUCGAGGCUGGACGUUGCAGGAGGAAUUACUGUCCCGCCGGAUGCUCCAUUGCUCUGACCGUGAACUGAGCUGGACCUGUUUGGAGGGCCGGUGUACGGAGCGCAUACCUGAACAGGAAGACAUUCGAGGCCGACGAAAAUGGAAAUACGCCAUGAGGCGUGUCAUUGUGACGGGGAUCGAUGGCUAUGGUAACCUGAACAAGCUGACGCGGGAGGACGUCUUCAACAACUGGCUGGAGAUUGUGGAGAACUAUCUGAAGCGAGAACUAUCAAAGCCCGAGGAUAGGCUUGCUGCAAUACAGGGUGUUCAAGAGGCAAUCGGGAGAGUUUUAAAUGACACUCCCGUUGCUGGCAUUUGGAAAGGCCAACUAUUAGCACCCAGUCUACUUUGGAAGGUUUCCGAUCCGAAAGCGAAGACUGCUGCAAAACAAACAAAGACUGGGUCUGGUAUCAUGACGUGA